AUGAUUUGUGCCCAGGGCUUUACUCCGGUGACUCAAUUUGGUUUCUCGUUUUCUUUAUCUUCUGCACUGAAAACUCAGAGGCAAAGAUUCUUCUCCACUCCCCAAUUGUAUUGCCACUCGCCGGUAAAUUUUUGCUUUAUGAUUUCUUGCAUUACCUGCAACCACCGGAAUUCUACCUUCUCUGUUCUGAAAGCCGGUAAGUUUCGGGACCUGAGGUUGUUCAAAUCGGUUGAGUUGGACCAGUUCAUCACGAGUGACGACGAAGACGAAAUGGGAGAUGGAUUUUUUGAGGCAAUCGAGGAGUUGGAGCGCAUGACGAGGGAACCAUCGGAUGUUCUCGAAGAAAUGAAUGACCGCCUUUCAGCGAGGGAAUUUCAGCUUGUGCUUGUGUACUUCUCUCAAGAAGGGAGAGAUUCAUGGUGUGCUCUUGAGGUUUUUGAGUGGCUCCAGAAAGAAAAUCGGGUCGACAAGGAGACCAUGGAGCUGAUGGUGUCUAUUAUGUGCAGUUGGAUUAAAAAAUUGGUUGAGGGAGACCAUAACGUCGGAGAUGUGGUUGACCUUCUCGUAGAUAUGGAUUGUGUAGGUUUGAAACCUCAUUUUAGCAUGAUAGAAAAAGUCAUUUCCUUGUAUUGGGAAAUGGGCGAGAAGGAACAAGCUAUUUCGUUCGUGAAAGAGGUCUUGGGACGCAAGAUUGCUUUUAUGAAGGACGAUCGGGAGGGGCAUAAAGGGGGACCAAGCGGUUAUCUCGCAUGGAAGAUGAUGGUUGAUGGUGACUAUAGGGGUGCAGUGAAAUUGGUGCUGCAUCUUAGAGAAUCUGGAUUAAAUCCAGAGGUUUAUAGCUACCUCAUCGCCAUGACUGCUGUGGUUAAAGAGCUGAAUGAAUUUGCAAAAGCUCUACGCAAACUCAAAAGUUACACAAGAGAUGGAAUAGUAGCCGAACUUGAUAAAGACAAUGUUGGACUUGUGGAGAUAUAUCAGACAGAGCUUCUAGCCGAUGGAGUACGAUUAUCCAACUGGGUGCUUGAAGAGGGAAGCUCUUCAAUUCAUGGGGUGGCUCAUGAGAGACUUCUUGCUAUGUAUAUUUGCGCCGGGCGAGGACUUGAGGCAGAGAGACAACUUUGGGAAAUGAAGCUUGUAGGUAAGGAGGCUGAUAGUGAUCUCUAUGAUAUCGUGCUAGCCAUCUGUGCUUCACAGAAGGAGACUAGAGCAAUGAACCGGUUGCUUACCAGGAUUGAGAUUAUAAGUCCCCUGCUGAAGAAGAAGAGCCUAUCAUGGCUGCUAAGGGGUUACAUAAAAGGAGGGCAUUUCAGUGAUGCUGCAGAAACAUUAGUAAAAAUGGUUGAUUUGGGUUUUCUCCCAGAAUACUUGGACAGAGUAGCUGUGCUGCAAGGCCUAAGAAAACGGAUUCGGGAACCUGGAAGUGUGGAAACUUACUUCAAGCUCUGCAAGUGUCUCUCAGAUGCUAAUCUGAUUGGACCUGGUCUUGUAUAUUUGCACUUACAGAAACACAAGCUUUGGGUCAUUAAAAUGCUUUGAAGAAGCUCCUCAAUAACUCUCUGUUCAGGUAGCUAAUAAAGUGGAGUAAAAGAUCAUAUUAUACAGCACCAGUACUUUUGUGGGUGCUUUUACAUGUUGAUUUUGUAUAGUUUGAGGGACCUGUUUUUUGAGGCAGGUGACUCUGACAUCUCUGUAAGUUGACCCUUCAGAGGAAUACCUGUACAUAUAUGUCAGCUAUUGUGCACAGAGAACCUAUGUUUCAACUCAAUGUAUAGACUGUAUAAGGAAAUUACAUAGUUUGAUAUUUUUAGUGCAGGCU